AUGUCCGGCGUCCCGCUCCCCGAGGACGUGCGCGGCCUCCUGGCAGAUGUUGACACAUUUAUUUCCCAAACUUUAAAAGGAGAAAAUCUAUCCAAGAAAGCAAAGGAAAAAAAGGAUGUUCUUCUUAAGAAGUUAAAAGAUGUUAAGGCAAGCUAUCCUCAAGAAUUCCAGGAUAAAGAAUUGGAAGAUGAGGAAGAGCCUGAGGGCUCUUUCUCUUCACCUCCUGACAGUGCCUCAAUAGCAUCUGACCGGUACGAUAAAGAGGAUGAAGCCCCCUCGGAUGGGAAUCAGUUUCCUCCUGUUGCAGCUCAAGAUCUUCAAUUUGUUCUGAAGGCUGGAUACCUUGAAAAACGCAGAAAAGACCACAGUUUUCUYGGCUUUGAAUGGCAGAAGCGUUGGUGUGCUAUCAGUAAGACGGUCUUCUAUUAUUAUGGAAGUGACAAAGACAAACAACAGAAAGGUGAAUUUGCCUUAGAGGGCUACACCAUCAGAAUGAAUAAUAGCCUUCGGAAGGAUGCAAAGAAAGAUUGCUGUUUUGAAAUCUCUGCUCCUGAUAAGCGCAUUUAUCAGUUUGCAGCUGCCACUCCCAAAGAAGCAGAAGAAUGGGUUCAGCAAGUCAAAUUUGUAAUUCAAGACAUGGAAUCUAAUACUAUUCCUGAGGAGGAGGCAGAGGAAGAAUAUGAUGAUGUUGCACAUGCGAGCAGUGACCCGGUAGAUGACAGCAUUUAUGAAGAACUUCCAGAAGAGGAGAGUGUUCCUCCAAAGASUGAAGUGCCAAGAAAACCGAGCCAGGAGAAAGUAACCGUCGUUUCAGAUGGGAAAAAUACCGAUUAUGCCAAUUUCUACCAAGGUUUGUGGGACUGCACAGGAGACGUACCUGAUGAGUUGACAUUUAAGCGUGGUGACGUUAUCUACAUUCUCAGCAAGGAGUACAAUAGAUUUGGCUGGUGGGUAGGAGAAAUGAAGGGAACCAUUGGCUUGGUGCCUAAAGCCUACAUAAUGGAGAUGUAUGAUAUUUGAGAGGCCUGGGAGAAAUCUGCAGUUGGAGCCGGGAGCCGCGUGCAGCUGCAGUUCGGAGCYGGCCUCCGAAGGAGGAUUCUGCCGGACACAUUUCGUGGUUUCAGUGAACGCAGUCGGAGCACAGCCAUAUACACCAAACACUGAAAAUAUUGAAAACUGAUCAUCAUUUUGAGGAAAUGUUUGUCUUUUUAAACAAUUGUAAUGCUGAGAAAUGAAAUAGAUGAUAAUUAACAUGUGRGGUACAAACAAUCAAAUACUGCCUGUUGCCUUUUGCUUGCACAUAUUAGCAGCUCUCUGUAUUUUUGUAGGUUUCUGUUGUUUCAUUGCACUUGGCUCUGUUUGUUACUCAAAUUAAAACAAGCUGAACUCUGAAAGAAGCAAAUUAUUAUUCACUUCAUGCAUUUAUUAAUCUUUUGAUGGAGCGGUUUACUGUAUAUUUUGUUUGUAACUUCCUAGGAAAAUCAAAGGAAAUUCUUAUGUAACAAUGCGARUUUUAAAGAUAUUAUGCUUCAAAGUGAU